UCGUACUAUUCCUUUGAGCUUGCCAUAAUGCUGCGUGAGGCAUCGAGCAUCGGAUAUGGCCGGCUACAAGCUUGUAUCCGAGUUAUCCGAAGUCCUGGCGCAUCUUCAAACUCCCCGCAUUGAGUUGAACACCGCAACAACGGCCACCACAGAGCAUCGCCAUACCACUCGACAUGAUGGACGAUCGCUCGCAUCCGCUGUUGCAACAGACACCUCUUAGCGUGAACCCAUUCAUCGACCUACCCAAGGCGCCAACGCUUCCUCACAACUACGCCACGAUACCCUCGACAAUACCUCCUUCCAUCCUCAAUGCCGCACCCGCGCCGUCGAAUCCCGAGCUUCCGGCAUACGUCACAUCAGCAUCAGGCAGCUUCGCCGCACAUCCUCAGACCAUCAUCGCCCAGAACAAGGCACUACUGGAACAGCUCGAGAAGCAAAAGGUCGAUGGGCAGCGAGAGGUUGAGGAGUGGGAGCGGAGGAUCAAGGAGCUCGAAUUAGCAGAGAAGAGAAGGAAAGCGCCUGGAUACUUGGACUCCGAUGUGCGGGUGCUCGAGCCUCAACCUGCGAAGCCGAGCCAUGUAGCUGAGAUGGGCGACACCGCAAACCAAGUAUCGCAACCUCAGAACCUCAUGGACGAUCCUGAGCCGACCAAACAGGACCGGAGUGUGGAUGAUCUGGGAGAUGCUAUGGAUCGGGCAUUUGGUAGGAGCGAGAUGGGUUGA